GUCACUGCCAUUGCGCUGUAUCGUGCAUUGUGGGAUCGCACUGCUCGUAUUCCGCUCUCCAUCUUUGAUUUCUGCUGGGGAAGUAAAAAUGUCUCUGUUAUCCGCACGUUUGGCUGCUACUGCGGCAAGGCGUUUACCAAAUGCUGUAUCGCAGGUUAGUGCCCCAGCAGCCGUCGCCUCACGUAAGCUCCAUGUAACACCUAGCAAUCAUGGUGCGGAAAUUAGUUCGAUCUUAGAAGAACGUAUUUUGGGAUCAGCCCCUAAAGCAGAUCUCGACGAAACCGGACGAGUAUUGAGUAUUGGUGACGGUAUCGCUCGUGUGUACGGCCUUAAGAAUGUACAAGCGGAGGAGAUGGUGGAAUUUUCAUCCGGUCUUAAAGGAAUGUCCCUUAAUUUGGAACCUGACAACGUAGGUGUUGUAGUGUUCGGUAAUGACAAAUUGAUUAAGGAGGGUGAUAUUGUGAAGAGAACUGGUGCUAUUGUCGAUGUACCAGUCGGCGCCGAGCUCUUAGGACGUGUCGUUGAUGCUUUAGGUAAUCCUAUUGAUGGUAAGGGGCCAUUGAAUGCAAAAACUCGUUUCCGUGUUGGAGUAAAGGCGCCCGGUAUUAUUCCCAGAGUUUCCGUCAAAGAACCUAUGCAAACCGGUAUUAAAGCUGUAGACUCGCUUGUACCAAUUGGUCGUGGACAGCGAGAACUUAUUAUUGGAGAUCGUCAAACUGGUAAAACCGCUUUGGCCAUUGAUACAAUCAUCAACCAAAAGCGUUUCAACGAAGGAACAGAUGAAAAGAAGAAGUUGUACUGUAUCUACGUGGCUAUCGGUCAAAAGAGAUCUACGGUAGCUCAAAUUUUGAAGAGGUUAACAGAUUCGGGAGCCGAUAAGUACACCAUCAUUGUAUCGGCCACAGCUUCCGAUGCUGCUCCUUUGCAAUAUCUCGCUCCCUACUCCGGCUGCGCCAUGGGAGAAUACUUCAGAGAUAAUGGCAAGCACGCCCUGAUUAUCUACGACGAUUUAUCCAAACAAGCUGUGGCUUACCGUCAAAUGUCCUUGUUGCUUCGUCGUCCACCCGGUCGUGAAGCCUACCCGGGUGAUGUCUUCUAUCUUCACUCGCGUCUACUUGAACGUGCCGCUAAAAUGAGCGAUGCUAAUGGAGGUGGCUCAUUAACUGCUCUUCCAGUAAUUGAAACCCAAGCCGGAGACGUAUCCGCUUACAUUCCAACCAACGUCAUUUCCAUUACAGACGGUCAAAUCUUUUUGGAAACUGAAUUGUUUUACAAAGGUAUCCGACCUGCUAUCAACGUCGGUUUGUCUGUAUCGCGAGUAGGAUCAGCUGCCCAAACUAAAGCCAUGAAGCAGGUUGCCGGUUCCAUGAAAUUGGAGUUGGCUCAAUACCGUGAAGUAGCAGCUUUCGCCCAGUUCGGUUCAGAUUUAGAUGCCGCAACUCAGCAGUUGUUAAACAGAGGUGUUCGUCUAACAGAAUUGCUCAAACAGGGCCAAUAUGUACCAAUGGCCAUCGAAGAACAAGUUGCCAUUAUUUAUUGUGGUGUCAGGGGUCAUCUUGACAAACUGGACCCAUCCAAAAUUACGAGCUUUGAAAAGGAAUUCUCUCAACACAUUAAAUCGAGUCACCAAGAUGUUCUACAAACCAUCGCAAAAGAGGGCCACAUUUCUGAGUCCACCGAUGGUAAAUUAAAGAAAAUUGUUGUCGAUUUCUUGGCGGGAUAUUCCGGUUAAUUUCAAGGUUGUUAAUUAUAUAAUUUAAAAAAAUUAAAAGUGCUUAUUGCUAGUCCAGUUUUUUGACAUGAUUCUUACUUGUUACAGUUUGUAUUGUGGCUGUGGCUAAAAAUAAGCCCAUGAAAUUAGCUUAGAUCAUUGUGGCAGUCAUCAUUACUGUAAUUAGAAAACAUUUCGUAAAUAAAGAAGAGUAAUAACCCUUUUUUUUAAUUGUACUGUUAUCUGUAUUAUGUUUAUUGCCUAUAUUACCUAUUUCAAUAUAAAUGUCACUUUA